CCAAUUUGAAAUAUUAAUCCUUUAAAUGUUACCCUCUUCUCACUUUCCCUUUGUCAAUCUUUCAUGUUCUUCACCUCCACACCCAUACAAUGAAAAAUCUUCCUUCCCCUCCUUUCAUCUUUCUCAUUUCAAAUUUUUUUGUUGCAUUCCUCUUUCUCACAAGAAUUUCAUCAGUACUCUCCAUUGCUUCUACCUCAAAUUCAAGCCCUUCUCUGCAACUCAAAUCACUUCUCUCAUUAAAAUCCUUCCUCAAAGACCCUCUCAACACCUUUCAAGAUUGGAAUGUCACCACCACCAACAACUCCAAACAAGUUUACUGCUCCUGGUCUGGGGUGAGGUGCAAUCACAGCUCCGGCGACGUCACAACUCUUGAUCUCUCCCGGAAAAAUCUCUCUGGCACCAUCUCGGCCGGUAUCCGGUUGCUCCCUCAACUCCGGCACCUCAACUUGAGCGGGAAUCUUUUUGAUUGCCCUUUGCCUCCGGCGAUUUUUGAAUUCCCAUUUCUGAAGACUUUGGACAUUAGUAACAAUUCUUUCGGUCCGGCGAUACUGCCGGCCAUUUCUCGCCUGAAAACCCUCACCGUCCUCAACGCAUUCAGCAACAACUUUUCCGGCCCUUUGCCGGGAGAAAUCGCGCAGCUCCGAAAUCUCGAGUAUCUCAACCUUGGCGGGAGUUACUUCUCCGGUGAAAUUCCGGCCAGCUAUGGAAGUAUCCCCAACCUCAAGUUUCUGUACUUAGCCGGGAAUUUACUCACAGGUCCAAUCCCGCCGGAAUUGGGUUUUUUGAAAAAUCUUGAGAAUCUUCAACUUGGGUACAAUGAGUACGCCGGAGAAAUUCCUACAGAGCUUUUCUCUUUAUCGAAUUUAACAUUUCUUGAUCUCUCGCAAGCUAAUCUCUACGGCCACCUUUCGCCUGGAAUUUCAAACUUAACAAAGCUACAAACUUUAUAUGUUUUCAAGAACCGCUUAGGAGGGGAAAUUCCAGAGGAGCUUUCCCGAUUAACUUUGCUAGAAGAGCUGGACCUUUCCGACAACAAUUUUUCAGGGAAUAUUCCGGCGACACUCUCAUCACUCGACAAGCUUUCAAUCCUAUCCCUGAUGGGAAACCACUUGACCGGCGAGAUCCCGGAAGGUAUUGGUCGGAUUCCCAAUCUUGAAAGGCUGUCUUUAUGGAAUAACUCGCUGACAGGGAUUUUGCCGCAGGAGUUAGGAUCAAAUUCCAGGUUAGUGAAGGUGGAUGUCUCUUCCAAUUUCCUUUCCGGCCCGAUCCCCCCGAACCUCUGCGCAGGAGGCAAGUUGGAGAAGCUAAUCAUGUUCUCUAAUCUGUUUUCCGGCGAGCUUCCGCCAUCUCUGGCAAAUUGCAGUUCCUUAACCAGGCUAAGAGUUCAGAAUAACAAACUGAUCGGAUCAAUUCCGAGCGGAUUUGGGCUCUUGCCAGACUUGACCUUCAUGGAUGUGAGCGGAAACAACUUCUCAGGGGCACUCCCAGAAGAUUUUGGCAAUGCCUUGAGCUUAGAAUUCCUGAACAUAUCGGAAAACCAGUUUAAUGUCGAGUUGCCGGGAAACAUUUGGAGCGCCCAUAAUUUAAAGAUAUUUUCGGCCAGUUAUAGCUCUAUCGGCGGGAAAAUCCCGGAUUUCAAAGGAUGUGGAAGCGUGUACAAGAUCGAGCUUGAAGGGAACAAUUUGACGGGAGAGAUUCCGUCGGAUGUUCAGCUUUGCGAAAAGCUCAUAUCUUUGAACGUUCGUCGGAAUUCGCUCACCGGGACCAUCCCGUGGGAGAUUUCAUCUCUUCUGGCGAUCACCGUCAUCGAUCUCUCUCACAAUCUUCUCACCGGGAGAAUUCCCUCGAAUUUCGGCAAUAUUCGUACCCUCGAGAGCUUCAAUGUAUCAUAUAAUCGCCUCACCGGUCCGUUACCAUCAGGCCAAGUAUUCUCGAGCCUUCACUCCUCGUCGUUCGCCGGAAAUGACGGUCUCUGCGGCACCGGAAUCCACAAGACAUGCCAGGUAGAGCCCGCCACCGGCACGGAGAUUGUACAGUCCUCGAAAAAAUCUGUACGAACGACAUUUUGGAUCCUCACUGCUGCAAUUGGGGUUUCCAUGCUAGUACUCAUAGCUGUUUGUCGGUGUUUGCAAGCGAACUAUAGGUUCAGAUUCCCGGGCGACCGAAAACACGAGACAUGGGAGCUAGUAGCGUACCGACGGCUGAAUUUCACAGCGGAAGACGUGUUAGAGUAUGUGGGAAUGAGCAAUAAGAUCCUCGGGGCAGGGUCGAGCGGAACUGUAUACAAGGUCGAAAUGCCAGGUGACGAAAUCAUAGCCGUUAAAAAGUUACAUAAUCUCCGAAAGGACACCACUCGUAGAAUACGAGGAGUGCUUUCGGAAGUCGAGGUUUUGGGGCAAAUAAGGCACAAAAACAUUGUGAGAUUGUUAGGAUGUUGUAGUAACAAAGAGAGUGCAAUGUUGCUGUACGAGUACAUGCCAAACGGGAACCUUGAAGAUUUUUUGCAUUGCAAAAGCAAAAGCGUGAGUGAUAUGGCGGGAAAUUGGAGGACUAGAUACAAGAUUGCAUUAGGGAUUGCUCAAGGAAUCUCUUAUCUUCAUCAUGAUUGUGAUCCUGUUAUAAUUCACAGAGAUUUAAAACCUAAUAACAUUCUUCUGGAUUCUGACUAUGAGGCUAAGGUAGCCGAUUUUGGAGUUGCAAAAUUGUAUCAAGAUAAUGAGUCCAUGUCAAUCAUCGCAGGAUCUUAUGGUUACAUUGCACCAGAGUAUGCAUAUUCAUUACAAGUUGACGUGAAAAGUGACAUCUAUAGUUACGGGGUUAUGUUAUUGGAAAUAGUAACGGGUAGAAGAUCAAUGGAAGCUGAAUUUGGUGAAGGCAGUAGCAUUGUGGAUUGGGUGAGAAAUAAGUUAAAGGCUAAAGAGGACAUAAAAGACUUCUUAGAUAAAGACAACAAUAUUUCUACCUCUUACCCAUUAGUAUGGGAGGAGAUGAUGCUAUUGUUCAAGAUUGCAUUGGUGUGCACUUGCCGGAAUCCGGCUGACCGGCCGUCCAUGAGAGACGUGGUUUCAAUGUUGAGCGACGUCACUCCCAAAACGAAAUCCCAACCCGGUGGCGAUAGUGGUUGCGACGCCUUGGCCGACGGUGGCGGUGGUUCUUGGAUCAAAACAUAAUCGUUGAGGGUUAAUAAAUCAAGAAAAAUUCUUUUUGUACACGCCACUUUUUACACGCCAGGUUGCACAUCGGUCAAAUUAUCUGUGUACAAACAAUACGAUCGAUUACACAGACAAUUUGACCGACGUUUUAUGAAGAAAACCGAUUUCCACAUAGAUAGAAAUAAAAAAAUUGUCUGUAUCAUAGACAUUUUAAAAUUCUCGUUUAAAAUUCUCAUUUAAAGUUGUCUGUAUCACAAAAAUUUUAUGAAAAAUCAUCGUCUAAAAUGUAUGUGACACAGACAACUCUUUAUUUUGUUUGUGCGAAAAUCGAUUUUCUUCAUAAAAUAUCGGUCAAAUUGUCUGUGUAGCCGGUCAAAUUAUCCGUGCACAGAUAAUUUGACCGGCGUGUAACCCAGCGUGUACACGAAGAGGAACUCAUAAAUUAAUACUCCGUACUCCAUAAUAUUGUCGGGGUACGGUAUAUUGGCAUUGUUCCACCUCUUUCGAUUCCUUCGAUUUAGUUAGUUAAGCUCAUGAGUAAUUUUUCUUAUUUCAAUUAUUAUUAUUCUUGUACUUAAUUAUUAGGACAUCUUUUUACUUUUUAGUACUCUCAAAUUUUCAACUUUUUGUUGUAGUAUUUCGUAGUUAUAAUUUGUCAGUUGUUAUAUCGUGGGAGUCGUGCAUGGUGAUUGGUGAGCAUCCUGCUCCCACACUUAUACGAAAUGUAAAUCGUGUGAACCAACAUGUAACUUCAGGUUAAUCAAAUGUAAAUCACACUCAUUUAAACGUAACUCGUUGAAAUGUAACUCGGAACCAGGUCAGAUGUAACUUGGGAAAUGUAACUUUAGCCUAUUUAAAUGUAAAACGUCUUUACAGAGAUGUAACUCACAAAUUAAAAUUCAAGUUUUCUAAUAUGACAUAUAUAUAUAUAGGGAGCGUAUCAGGUGAGAAGCGUUCUUAGGCUGAGAACUGCGAAGUCAAACUUAUAGACUAAAACCACGAACUUUUAACCAAUAAAUCAUAACUUAUGGACCCC